AUGUUGCUGUUUGCUGAUGACCUCAAAUUAUUUCGUAUUAUUAAGUCACCGGACGAUGCUGUACUACUUCAAAAUGAAAUAAACGUCCUCUCGAAUUGGUGCAGCAAAAACAACUUACUUCUAAACGUUUCUAAGUGUAAAGUAUUAACUUUUUCUAGAAAACGAGAAAAAUAUAUUUAUGACUACCUCUUAUAUGAAUCUGAACUCACUCGCGUUUAUAAGAAUAGUGAUCUAGGCAUAAUCUUUGAUGAAUCUCUAACAUUUAAUGAGCACUACUUGUAUAUUCAAAAUAAAGCUUCAUCUAUGCUAGGAUUUAUAAAUCGAAGCUGUAAAAGUUUUAACAAUCCAUAUACAUUAAAAGCUUUAUAUUACUCGUAUGUAAGAUCAAUUUUGGACUAUGCCUCUAUGGUUUGGUCCCCUAGUAGAAUUGGUCCGAUACGCGCAGUAGAGUCAAUACAAAAUCGAUUUUUGAGAUUUCUAUCCUUUAAGUGCGACAUUCAGCGUCAACCUCAUUCUUCCUACUUACCAAUAUUAACAAUUUUAAAUAUGGAAUCACUGGAGAUAAGAAGGAAAAGACUUGACCUGUGUUUUAUUUUUAAAUUACUUAAUGGACAAGUUUAUUGUCCAUGUUUAAUUUCAAUCUUAAGCUUUCUGGUUCCUAAUCAAAGUACUAGACAAAUAAAUACGUUCUAUGUUCCAUUACAAUCUACUAACUAUGACAAAAACGCACCUAUGAAUCGAUGUAUGGAAUUAGUUAAUACAUAUAAUGUAGAUUUAUUCUUGUGUACAAAUGUUGAAUUAUUUAAAAUAUAUUUAAAUAAUUUAUUAAUAUAA